AUCUUUCAUUUCCCCUUGGAAAAGGUUAUAAUCCAACUGAUAAACCCAAUUAUAAAAUACCAAGUGAAAAUUAUAAUCCAUUUACACCCGCCGGUUAUCCUACUGUCAGAUAUCCUAACGCUAACUAUGAAGAUCAAUUUGAUAUGAUGAAUCAAAAUAUCUCUGUGUUAGUUUCUAAGGCACUUAGACCAGGAGUUUAUCAAAUGUUUCAGAUUAAAAAUUACCUACAAUUUAGCAAUCAUGCUUUAAGAUCAGACGGUACAGAAAUGGAAAGUGUUUUCUCAGCUCAUCCGCCUCCUUUAGAAGUAGUUGGAUUUGGACAUUUUGCAUCUAUUGAAAUGAGUCAUAAUGUCUUUCAUUUAGCAAUCGGUGGUCCUGGUGGUCAUAUGUCAUAUCCAGAUAUAGCUGGAUUUGAUCCAUUAUUCUUUUUUCAUCAUAACGCCGUAGAUCGUUUACUUGCACUUUGGCAAGCAAUUUGGGUUACGGAAAAUAUCAAUAUUAACGGAACUUAUACAGAAGAACUAUACACAGUGGUAAAUGAAUAUACAGACCUAACACCAUUCCGUAAAUCAAAAACAGAAUUUUGGAAAUCUUCAACUGUUCGUGAUAUAGAAAAACUUGGAUAUACUUAUCCUGAAUUGGUGAAAUUUAAAGGUCAAGAUCCAAGAAAAUUACAAGCAUAUCUCCUUAAAUUGUAUAAACCUGAUCCUUAUUAUGGACGCAGAUUUUUCGCAAAAUUAACUAUAGAUGCGGGUAAAUUAGUUGGAUCAUACGAUAUUAGAGUCUUCGUUGACUUGAAAGGUGCAUCUUGCGAAACACCAAAAACUUCGCCUCAUUUUGCUGGCUUAAUUGCCAUGUGGCUUAGACCUAACCCUUACCAAAUUAAUGGUACUAGUUAUGUCGUGGGAAGU